CAUCUGCAGUUCCUGUCUCGUGCCAUUCAUUGGGUUUGUGUUUGUGUUGGAAACGGAAACCGAAUUCCUGGGAAAUUUCCUCGGAUUCCAGCGAAACAAAUCAUUUAUCACCAGAAAAUGGCAGAUCCUCGAAUUAAACAGAUUCGCAUCAAGACAGGAGUCGUAAAGCGAUUGACAAAGGAGAAGAGUAGCUAUGAAAAAGAAGUCGAAGACCAAGAAAGGCGAAUACAAAAAAUGAAGGAUGAAGGAAAAGAUGAAUAUGACAUAAAAAAACAGGGAGAAGUUCUUCAAGAGUCUAAAGCCAUGGUUCCUGACUGCCUCAAAAGAUUAAACACAGCUUAUGUUGAUCUUGUGAAUUUAUUGGCAAGCGAAAUUGAUUUGAAAUCUGCAGAAGAGUACGCUCUGGCUGAAGUGGUCUGUGCUGCUGCCAAAGAAAUGUUAGGUUUAUGAUAAGGAGCAAAGAUAUAUGUUAUGAAAAUAACUGAGCAUUGAUGGCUUGGUCUCUCCUUUUUCUAAGCUUUCACUGAUGAAAGAACGCUGAAAGGAAGAGAGGAAAAUGCUGGCCAUUUAUUGUGAUAUGCUAAAAUUAAAGAGAAUGAGUGAGAAAUUAAACAUGCAACACAUUUUAAAAAUUUUUUCCGUAUUUUUGUGUUUCUCAAUAAAAAUUUCAGUUAACAGAAAAAAUAAAAUAUCUUAAAAUUGUAGGCAAAUCAAUAAAAGAUUCAGGCUGUAUUUCAUUCGUUACAUGUUUAAAACAUGUGGUUUGUUCUAAGCAUGGAAAUAUUACGAAUUUGAAGUAGUAACAAUCAUUUACGAUAUUUAUUAGAAUAUUUCCUUUUUUAUUAUUUUUACUUUUCAAAAUAAACUGCUUUUCUAUCACA